AUGGCUGCAGCAUCUCCUGAGGGCGAGGCUUGGUUUUUUCACGAGGCUCUAACGGUGAAAGACAAGUUUGAUCCUGCGGAUCCAAAGCAGUUUUACAGCCAUGUCCUACUGGAAGUCGUGACGAACUACACUGUUGAUGAGGGUUACUAUGUGCCUAAGAUUCCUUGGGAGGACCAUCCCCGUGCACAGAAGCAAGAAUGGAAUCCCGCAGCAAGAACUAGUUACGCACGUUAUAAGUUCAUGACAGUUAUGACGGGGCCCAGCUGCGGGAAAAUUACUCGCCAGCAGGCUGUACAUGGGUCGUUCGAUUACUGGGAGUUGAAGCCUCAAAGUGGCAAGCAAAUGGUAGCCCUGGUUCCAGUUCUGAUUCCGAACAUCGACGAACGCUUCCUUUACGUGGAUUUGACAUAUCCAUUACGAGGAAUCUACUUUCCGAAAUCCCACCUCGCCCACCCGAAGUACAGUAACAUGUGCACGUACUCUCGACUUGACUUCCGCAGCAGGAAGGUAACUCUGAAGGCAUACACACCAGAUUAUUCCAAAAUGGUUAAAGAAGUGAUGAAGAAAACUGGAUCUCAACUGGGCAGCAUAGCAGGACAACCGGGCUCCCAGGCUGGGGGGGCGAUGGGAUCACUUUUUGGAGGGCUGGCGGAAUCUUCAUAUGGUCUCUAUCCCCACAAAGAGUCUAAACAGGAGCCUGGGAUACUGGAGCAAGAAAAAGAACGGCAAAAAAAAGAAAGUUCGCUAUGGUUCUUCCAGGAGGAUGAAUGCUUGCCGAAUGACGCAACCACUGGCUGGGGAUUCCAACCACAGUGGACAGCACGCUUUGAUAUAUUCAGCUUGACGCGAGUUCUUGCCAUUCCGGACCACCUACUAAAGCCCGACUACAGAGACCCGUAUCAAUUCAUUAAACUUUUUUCAUGCAAGGCUCUUGCUGGCGCUAAACCAGAGAAGGCUGACAGCACCAUGAAUUCGACGGAUGUGGUUCGGUUUGACCAACUUGUCAGCAAGCAGCUCGGGAUCCAGUUUGACUAUAAAGGUAACGGACUGGACCCCAAUUGGCUCGUGAAGGUUCUUUCGGGAAUCGCGGCUGUUGCUUUAAGCUGCAUUCCGAUGAUCGGACCCCUCGUUGCGUUAGGCGAGCAGCUGAUUGUGGACGCAAUCCUGGACCCAGAAUCAUUUAAAUCCCAACAAGGCCUCAUAAGUAAGAUUCCCGGUGUUGUGGGUGCGAUGACAGCAACGGGCCAAAAUACCAAAGCUUUCUUGUCUGAAACAGCCUCUAAGGCACGACCAUCAACUGUACUAGCUGUCGAAAGUCCUGAGCGGCAAUCUGUUUACGUUGGGCCUGAAGAUACCGACGCCUCAAAGCAGAAGGGGCAAGAAGAUAAAGGAAGACCAGAUUCAGAAAGCAGGAAUUUUGAGAAUGCUGCAGAUGGCCCAUGUAUCAUUGAGCAGCCAUGGACUGAAAAAGACCUUUCAAACCUGGAAGACGCCCCGAGCCCCAAAAAUGCUCUGGUGUACGUUGGUGAAUAA